UCUCAUCACAAAGUAAUGAUUUUUAAAGCCUUUAGGCAUUGCCAAACUUGCCUUAACUAACCUCCUAACUUUCCUUAUUAUGCUUACUUAUUUGCAAUGAAAAAGAGAAGAGAAGAAAAGAGGUAGCUAAGUAGAGGGAACAAAGUGAUUUUCAGGCCAAAAUCUAAACCCCAUAAGAAGAAAGGGUGAUAAUGGAGACCUCACAACUCUUAACAUGCAAAGGUGUGGUGUGUUGGGGAAGUGGGGAGGCACCAAAGUUAGAAGAGAUACAAGUUGAGGCACCAAAAGGAAAUGAAGUUAGGUUGAAGAUGAUCUAUGCUAGUAUUUGCCAUACUGAUAUCUUUUUCUGCACUCAAGGAUUCCCAAUACCACUUUUUCCUAGAGUACCAGGCCAUGAAGGUGUAGGAGUAGUGGAGAGCAUUGGGGAGGGAGUAACAAGUGUGAAACAAGGAGAUUUGGUGAUUCCAACAUAUAUGUCUGAGUGUAGUGAGUGUGAAAAUUGCUUGUCUGAAAAGACAAACAUGUGCCUCAAAUAUCCAUUGAACAUUAGUGGCUUAAUGCCCAACAACACUUCAAGAAUGUCUGUCAAUGGCCAAAUGUUGUACCAUGCUUUUUCUUGCUCUACUUGGUCAGAAUACACUGUUGUGGAUGCCAACUUUGUCCUUAAGCUUGAUCCAGCUCCCCUCAACUUGCACCAUGCCAGCUUCCUCUCUUGUGGCUUCUCAACUGGUUUUGGUGCCCCUUGGAAGGAGGCUGAGAUUGAAGAGGGGUCAUCUGUAGCUGUCAUUGGCCUUGGCGCAGUUGGCUUAGGAGUGGUGGAAGGCUCGAGAAUGCGAGGAGCGACUAAGAUCAUUGGCAUUGAUAAGAACCAAAGAAGGAAGGAGAAAGGAGAGGCCUUUGGAGUUACUGACUUCAUAAAUCCUCUUCUUCAUUCAAACAAGUCUGUUUCAGAACUUAUUAAGGACUCAACUGGUGGGAUGGGUGUGGAUUAUUGUUUCGAGUGCACCGGCCUCCCACACUUGAUUAAUGAGGCACUUGAAGCCACAAAAAUUGGAAAAGGCAAAGCCAUUGUAAUCGGUGUAUCAAAUGCACCAACCCUGCAAAUCAACAAUCUCGCUCUACUGACCGGAAGAACCUUGAAAGGUUCCAUUUUCGGAGGGCUCAAAGCCAAAACAGACCUUCCUAUUGUAUUUGAGAAAUGGAGAAAUAAGGAAUUCCAGCUAGAUGAGCUUUUAACUCAUGAAGUUUCAAUGGCUGAUAUUACCAAAGCAUUUCAGUUGUUGAAGCAUGAAGACUGUGUCAAGGUCCUAUUGAAGAUCUAGUUUGUCUUGGACAAAAAACCUAAGAACAAAUAAAGAGACUUUUUUUUUUAA